UAAAAUAUCUUAGUGGUGCAUCCAUCUGUUGCUAAUGAUUCAUCUCAACCCCCACGCACUUUCAAAACCUCUCCCAGUAUCUCUCCAUCUCCAUUUGAACUCUCUCUCUCUCUCUCUCUCUCUCUCUCUCUCUCUAUCUAAUCCCAACCUCUGUUUUUAUCUUUCUGAAAGCUCUCCAUUUGGACUCUCUCUUUCUCUCUCUCUCAUUCAAAUCCCAUCCUCUGUUUUCCUUUCUUCUCUCAAGAAACAAUGAAAAAUGAAGCUCAAGAUCCACCGUUCAAACCUCUCCGAUCGAAAUCACGCGACGUCAGCUCCCGAUUCCUCUCCCCAACUUCCCCAUCGUCCACCGAGAGCGGAAUCUCUUCUCCGAUCCAUGCCCUCUCUCCGAUCCGCCGGAAAGCCAGUGGGAUCCCCUCUGAUUCCCGUCGUCAUCGCAGCGUCGAAGAGGCAGGCCUAGUCAGAGGCCUAUGGCCAUCCUCGACUUCAUCUAAGAAAUCGAACACUCUCGCCGAUCAUCUCGGAAAUGAUAGAUUGAUUGAUUUCAUCGAACGGAAGAAUGGCGACCGAUCCUCAUCGAAGACACUUCAGUUCUUUGGCAGGCAAAAGAGCUGCUCUGAAUUCAACCGGUUCGAGAAUGAAAAGGAGGGAUCGAAGGAGAACCGCCCGGCCGGCGGGUCGAUGAGAUACACCGGAAAAUUCAAAUUCCCGGGAAAGAAAUCCACUUCUUCCGCCUCUUUCACUCCCGGGAGGAUCUCCGUCGUUGAGAAUGCCCUUGAACGCCGCAGGAAAUCCGACUCGUUUGCUGAUUUCCCAAGCUCAGAAUCUGAUAUCUCUGCAACAACAGACAUCAGCUCUGCGUCGAUGGGAAGAACACGAAAAGCGGGCAUUGAAGUCCCGUCGAGAUUCUUGCAAGAUCCAUCUAUAACUCGGACGCCGCGCAGGGGACCUGAUUCGAGCAAUCCAACGGUGGAGAAUUCACCGAAUCUGAGCUACUGGAUGUCGAAGAAUGCCAUAAAAAGGUCGAAUUCUCUUACAGCGUAUUCGUCUGCAACCACGCAGUGGGCCCUGUCUCCGGGCCGGACAGCAUCACCACCAAUGUCGGCGGAGAUGGGAAAGCCAACGCCGUCGUUUUCGAGCCUCCGUCCGCCGACCUCGCCUUCAAAAUCGAAGGGCGUGGGGAAUUUGAUUAGUCUGGGAUUGGAGUUGUUCAAGGGAAAGAAAUCUUCUUCUUCUUCUUCUUCUUCUUCUCCAUCGUCGUUGUCGUCAGCUGUGGCGGGUUUCGAGGCCGUUGAGAGCGUUCAUCAGCUGCGGAUGCUUCAUAAUCGACUGCUUCAAUGGAAGUUUGCGAAUGCAAGAGCUGAUGCUGUGAAUCAGAGCAGGGCAGCCCAAUCAGAGAGUAGCUUGGUGAAUGCAUGGAGCACUCUUUCUCAACUGCAGUCUUCUGUGGUGCAAAAGCGCAUACAACUUGAGAAAGAGAAGCUAGAGCUGAAGCUGAACAGAGUACUCAAGUCACAGAUUAAGUCAUUGGAAGCUUGGGCAGAUAUGGAAAGGCAGCAUAUCUCAGCAGUUUCAACUACUAAGGAUUGCAUACAUUCAGUUGUCUGCAGAGUCCCUCUAAUUGAGGGUGCGAAGGCCGAUUCUCAGCCAACUUCCAUGGAACUUCGCCAUGCAGCAGAUCUCACAGCAUCCAUCAAUACAAUGAUCAGUGAUUUCACUCCCAUGGCUACAAGGACAGUUCCAUUACUUUCUGAGCUAGCAGAGGUAGUGACAAGAGAGAGGGCUUUAUUGGAGGAAUGCUUUGAAUUGCUAGGUGUAGUUGCCAAUCUAGAGCUAAAAGAGAGGAGCUUAAAGUGCCAUAUCAUUCAGUUGAAAACACAUCAGCCACAGCAACAGCAACAAGCACAACUACAGAGCACGGUUUAAUUGAAAAGAAAUACCUCUUGCAAAGAGAGCUCAUUUAGGUAAAAGAUAGAAGCAGGGAUUGUUGAAGAGCUUCUUUUCCUUGUGGUUAAUAAAGUAUGUGCAGCUCAGAUAGUGUAAAUAAAAGUUGUAGAAGUGUAAAAAAAACAA